AUGGCUUCCUUUGGUCGAUUUUGCUUGUUUUCCUGGCUUUUGUGGGGAAACUUAGGAGUCCAAGGCGAUGACUCGGCGAUCGUUGGUGUAUGGAAAAAGAUUGGCAUUUAUUAUGAUAUGUGCUAUGACUGCCUAAAGAGCAACCCACAAGAACCAGACUUUGCUGCCAAAUCCAUAAUCUGCGCUACUGAUGCAUAUGUUAUCCUCCGAAAAUCAGCUUUCGAUUUUUCGUUAAAUUCUACUGGCCGCUUUCGGGAGGUGGCCAAAUUGUGCGUGGAUCAAUUUGACAUAACUUUGGGUUACUGUAAAGCCGCACUUAAAGCAUGGAAAUUGAAGCGAAAACCAGCCACCUUAGCAUUUCUUCACAGCGGUUUGGAUUAUUACUUCAAGUGCGUUGAUCACCUCUUCGAACCCGUUCCAAUUGAAUAUGUCGUACAAUUAAAUACUGCAAAAGAUUUCAAUGAGGUGUCAAUUAAAGUCGCCUUUCUAGCAGGAUCAUAG